GGUUCCGGGGGUGAAGGGUUCGCUCCCGGCAGCCCCCGCUCCGCUCCCGCCCCGCCGCGGCUCCCCGGGCCCCGCCGCCAUGGCCUUCACCUUCGCCGCCUUCUGCUACAUGCUGGCGCUGCUCCUCACCGCCGCACUCAUCUUCUUCGCCAUCUGGCAUAUUAUAGCAUUUGAUGAGCUGAAAACGGAUUAUAAGAAUCCCAUAGACCAAUGUAACACACUCAACCCUCUUGUACUUCCAGAGUACCUCAUCCAUGCAUUCUUCUGUGUUAUGUUUCUCUGUGCAGCAGAGUGGCUGACACUGGGUCUCAAUAUGCCUUUGUUGGCUUAUCAUAUUUGGAGGUACAUGAGUAGACCUGUGAUGAGUGGCCCUGGGCUAUAUGAUCCUACAACCAUCAUGAAUGCAGAUAUUUUAGCCUAUUGCCAGAAAGAAGGAUGGUGCAAAUUAGCAUUCUACCUUCUAUCAUUUUUUUACUACCUAUAUGGCAUGAUUUAUGUCCUGGUGAGCUCUUAAGAAGACAAUUCUGCAAGCUUUGCUCCAGUUAAGUGCAUGCAAAAGCCACAGAUCAUGGAUUCUUUCCAAGGAGAACCUCUUUCCAAGAUUCAAUCCGGAACCCGAUGGUCACAUUCGCGUUAGGAAACGACGAGUCCCCCCUCUUUUUAAAAAAAUAAUUUCCACACUUUAUACUUGUGGAAAGACUGUUUUCUUAUAUUUUACUGGGACACUGAAAUUAAAGAAUUACAUGUAAGCUAAUGUAAAAAAUCACAGGAUUAUGGAAAGUUUUGACUUUGCACAGCAUAAGGAACAGCCGUCAUCUUCAAGUAGGUGUUGGGAGUAGCUGUAGUGCUAGGGCUCUGCUUUAGGCUGGGCUUUGUAGCACCUCAUUUGGACUCAUGCACCCCACUCUCACCAUAGCCCAGCUGUAGCUGCCAAGGGCAUGGCAGGAGCUGAAGUGCCACGUGGUUUACCUGUAGGUGACGUUGGUUUUAAGUGAUGACUUCAUGGACACAAAUGCAAAAAGAGCAGUUCUGGGUUUUUUUUAAUACGGUUUUUUUUUUCUAUCUGGUUCAUCUUUUCCCUGCUAUGUGCAUGGGGCAGAGACUUGUGUAUUUCCACCUUGCUUUAAUCUCAAGUGUGUGUCAUUGUGAUAGAAGUUGAAUUGUCCACAAAGCAAUGAAUUUAAAUGAUGAUUUUUUUAAUAUUUUUUUUUUAAUGUCCGUGCUGUCUUAUUACCAAAUGAAACUACAACGUUCAAGUCCAAUGAUGAAAAUCCUCUUUCAGAGUGAUACUACAGACCUUUUCAAAGCAGAAAGUGAGAUUGUGAAACUGCCCUGCUGUUCCUUAGUGCAAUAAAUAAAACAAAAAAAAAAUCUCAGAAACAGAAUAUACA